GAAAAAGACCACAGAGUCAUUCUAAAGAAUAGAACCUAGCUCCCUUUUUAAGUGGUUGUUUAGAGAGAAGUUAUCUCUAAACUGUGAUGGAUUUCUUCAGCAUGAAAAGCAUGAAGGCAGCUUACCUUGGUCUCAUAAUAUUUCUGUUAGGAUGUAUUGGAAUCAAGUAUGAAAUCUCCAAUACCAAUCCUUUCCAUGAUUCAACCCUUUCUCUUCUCGUCACUGCUGUUAUUUCCCAUCUUAUUGCAACAGCAGCUGACAUGGCCCACCCAAACACCAUCAUUAUAUUUUAUUUGUCAGGAAUAGUUGCAUGUGAAACACUAUUGUGGAUUCUCAUUGCUCAGCUUUCCUGGUUCUCUCUAGUUAACUUCUUUGUUUUACUAAUACUCAAAAUCUUGUUCUCUCACUUUCUCAGUCAGCUGCUCCUUCCCUACUUCAACUGCAUCACUCAGUUACUUCUCAGAACACCUCCAAAUGCUUCUGACAUGCCAAAUACAGAACAGCAACAACAUGACUCCCAGAUUUUGGUCAAGAUCUCGCUUCACAGGUCAAGCAAUGUGUGAUACCCUAGAUAACAACAUCAGUGAAG